GAGGCCAUUUCAUCCAAAUGUUGCAAUAAUACAAUACAAGCAGGUAAUGUGUGAACAAUCAUUAAAGAGGAGAUCAAUACUGAGAAACAAAGAGAUUCACUCUCGAUUCUUCAUUAAUUAUUGAUCUAAAGGAACUGGAAGAAACAUCAUCAGUGUCAGGAACAUCAUUCCAUAAUGGCAGAAAUAUCUUCUAUUUGUGUGCAGAUGAAAAACACUUUCUGUCCAAAAAGAAAGCAAAGAACAGAAGACAGCAAAUCUUUUACUUGCCCUCACUGUGAAAAGAAAUUUAAAAGAAAAGGAUACCUUGUGGUGCACAUGAGAGUUCACACUGGAGAGUCCCCAUACACAUGUCUUCAGUGUGGAAAGAGUUUCAUUCAAAAAAGUGGUCUUAAGAUGCACAUGAGGAUUCACACUGGAGAGCACCCAUACCCAUGUCUUCAGUGUGGAAAGAGUUUCACUAGGAAAGAUAGACUUGCAGAUCACAUGAAGAUUCACACUGGAGAGCGCCCACACAUGUGUCUCCAGUGUGGAAAGUGUUUCACUAGGAAAGAUAAACUUGCAGAUCACAUGAACAUUCACAGUGGAGAGCGCCCACACGUGUGUCUUCUGUGUGGAAAGAGUUUCACUCAAAAAACUAAUCUUGAUGCCCACAUGAAAAUUCACAGUGGAGAGCAGACAUACCCAUGUCCUGAGUGUGAAAAGAGUUUCGUUACGAAAGUAUAUCUAAAGAAGCACAUGAGAGUUCACACUGGAGAGUGUUCGUACACGUGUCUCCAGUGUGGAAAGAGUUUCACUCAAAAACUUUAUCUUGAUGCCCACAUGAAAAUUCACACUGGAGUGUGCCCAUACAUGUGUCUCCAGUGUGGAAAGAGUUUCAUUCAAAAACCUAGUCUUGAUGCCCACAUGAAAAUUCACACUGGAGAGCGUCCAUUCCCAUGUCUUCAGUGUGAAAAGAGUUUUAUAGCGAAAGGAUGUCUUAAGAAGCACAUGAGAGUUCACACUGGAGAGCGCCCGUACAUCUGUCUUCAGUGUGGAAAGAGUUUCAGUCGAAAAUAUAGUCUUAGGGCUCAGUCACACCAAAAGCGCUUUAAACGCUUGCAAACGCAAGGCGCGACGCACUGCCUUUUUAAAAAAGAGCAGUGCAGCGCGGCUUUUCAUAUUGCUAAGCAACCACCGAGUCAGCUGUCUUGUCAAUCAAAUAUUGAAGCGUGAGCGCUCUUUUGCUGUUAACUGUCAUAUUAGCAGAAACUUUAAAAAGAGGGCGCUUGCUCUGACCUUGUUUGAGGAUAAGAGGAGCACAAACACGCAGGAGAGAGUGAGCGAGUGGAGUCCGGUUCUUCAAAGCAACUGUAAACUUCCCUCGCCACAACGUAAGGCCCGCCUCUCCCCUCAUUCGAUUGGACAAUGGAAGACGCGAAUGACGUCAGGCGCUCCUCCGCUCUCAGCGCUCCUUCAAAAACGCGUGCGCGGCAGGCGGCAGAAAACCGCAAGGCGCUCGGCGCGCAUAAACAGCGCGCAAACGCGCCCUGCCCAUAGAAUAUCAUUCAAAAAAGGCGCCUGCAACUGCCAUAAACGCUUUUGGUGUGACUGAGCCCU